CUCUCUCACAGAUUCUUUCACUUGAGCUUCGGAAGUCACACACCAGGAACUAUGGGAAUCGAAGUCUGCGUUUAACGAAAGCACAACCAGCAAAGUCAUACGAAUGGCUCGGGCACGCGACGAUUCACGGUGGCAAGAAGUUGAGUCGGAACUAGAGACGCUCUAUUAAAGAACGCUUCAGCUUCCUACGGGUGCACUCGUGUUCCAUAUGCUCCGACGCGGCACAGAUCGACACAGAAUACCUCAUGUGUGCAAUUCUUCUGUCUAAAAUUAUCCAAUACGAAAAAAACUAUAAAGCAGCUCAAGAACACAGGCUCGACCCUCAAUCACGCAAUGAUUCGAAAACUGCUAACAGCAUUUUCUGUUCUCUUUGUCCUACGGGGCACCGUCGCCAUUGGCGGGGCGAUGCAAGGCAUGGAAGAUGCGAUGGAGAUUCAGCGUGAACAAAUGCAAAGGAUGCACGAUUUCUUAGGACCGAAUGUCGAGUCAUCCAUGAAGAAACGGCAACAAGCUCCUACCAUUACGUUUUCCAACCCGCGAGCAAAGCAAUUUUUCGUCGAUGGGACGAAGAUCCCUGAAGUCAACUUCGAUGCCGGUCCCUCUUGGAGCGGUUUGAUGCCAAUUUCUGGAGACCCCCAUGAAACGCGGAAACUGUUUUUCUGGUUCUGGCCUACUACCGAUAUUUCGCACACUAAAAAUCUCUUGUUCUGGACGAACGGCGGACCUGGAUGCUCAUCUCUUGAGGGCUUUUUGCAAGAAAACGGGCCGAUAUCUUGGUCUUGGGGUCAGUCUGAGCCGACGCCGAAUCCCUUCUCGUGGACGAGACUUUCUCACGUGCUUUGGGUUGAACAACCUGUCGGGACGGGAUUUAGUCAGGGAACUCCAAAUAUUACCAAUGACGACGAACUAGCUGCACAGGUGUCCGGAUUCCUUGAACAAUUUCUCGAAGUUUUCUCCGAACUUAAAGGGAAUGAUUUCUAUGUUUCAGGAGAAAGCUAUGCUGGCUUUUACGUGCCAUAUAUCGCUAAUUGGUUAUAUGAGCAUCCUGGACCUGACCUCAAUCUAAAGGGAAUCUGGAUUGCAGACCCAACUCUUACGUAUGGUGUCAUUUCACAAGAGAUACCUGCACUGCGCUUUGCCAAGGCCAAUGCAAAUGUCUUUCCCUUCAAUAGUAGCUUUUGGGAACAAUUACAGAACAUCUCCGAUAGCUGUGGAUACACAGACUACUUGGACAAAUUCGUGAAAUAUCCUCCCAAAGGACAGUUACCGUUCCCAGCCGGAGUUGAACCAGGAACACUUGGAAGAGUAAAACCAGAGUGUAGAAUUCAUAGUCCUAUUCAACGUGCGGUUGGAGUCCUCAAUCCGGUCUUUGAUGUCUAUCGAGUAACAGACACGUUCCCCAACCUUUGGAGCGUAUUGGGAUUCCCUCGCGACACGCAGAAGUUCAUCUACUUUAAUCGGACGGAUGUCCAAGAUGCCAUCCACGCUCCUCACAUCAACUGGGAGGAUUGCUCCUCUGGCUCGGUGUACAUCAACCGGACGACCGGCCGUGCGGGUAGCGACCAAUCAAUCCCAUCGACUUUGAGUGUUUUACCAAAUGUGAUCGACAAGUCUGUGAGGUCGGUGAUCGUUCACGGUUUGGCCGACUUCAUUCUAACCGCUGAAGGGACCCGGAUUGCCAUUCAGAACAUGACUUGGGGCGGGCAACAGGGAUUCCAAACUCCAAUCAAGCCCGAGAGCUUCACAGUCCGAAACUUUGGUGUGUUUGGAUCGCAACAUAUCGAACGCAAACUUGCGUUUGUGGAAUUCUCCUUCAGUGGACACAUGACCCCCCAAUUCGUUCCGUGGGCUGCCUUCAACACUGUCGCCUACUUGCUUGGUGUACAGCCCGAUCCUUCCACCUAAUUAUUUGUAGUCCAUGUAUGUAUUACGAACUUGAAAUGCUUCGAGAGCUUUAUGUUUCGGCCGUAAGCAGCCGUAAUUGAGUCUUGACGAGUCCAAAACGGCCGAGAA